AGACCUGACGUUAUUCAUCUGUAUAUUAUAAAGUGUACUGUGUUGAAUAAAAAUAUUAUCUUAUCUUAUCUUAUUAUCUUAUCUUUAGAAGAUGAUGAUGAUCAUGUAGUUGGGUGAGUCUGUCGGUCUAUGGAUGCAGCAAGAGGGGAAGAUAGAAAGGGUGAUGAGGAAAUGAUUAAAGACCUAUCCAGGUUGACAGACUUGUCCUCGUGAAAAAUUUCUAGAAACAUGUCAAAAAAUUCCCACUUAAUCGCACCUCGUCCUGUCUUGUUUUGAUUGUCCAUUAUCUGUGUAAAAGUUCUUUUUAAAUUCCGAAAUUUGUUGUCGACAUUGUCAUGGGUAACCGAAGUGUGCCUAAGAGCAUGGAAUUCUCCGGCAAUGUCCCUCCAAAGGUCAUUUUUCUUUUGUUUCGGAUCGCGAAACUGCGCUUUUCUUCUCUUAUACCCUGCAGGGUAAUCUUUUCAUGUGUCCAUCCAAAUUCUGGAGAACCUGAAAUAAAGACAAAUGGUGAGUUUUCAAAUUGGAUAGAAGUUUACAUUUAAAACAAGUAAUCAAUGGGCCUUACAACUGUCAUACUUCAGCUGGGACCGACAGUGGCUCUAUACAAAGUAACAAUGGUUAGUAUCCAGUACUGCAUUUUCCACUAGAUCCACGCCUUGAAUGCAAAAUUUAAGAUGUGUAAUGCAUUUUCCAAUUUUUCAAACUAAAUUGCAAAUAUAUAACUUUCCUAGUUUCAAAUUUUGACACAGUAUCCAGCUCGGCUGGUCAAAGAUAAAGCAAUCAAGUCUCAAUUAAGUAACCCACAUAACAAUUAAGUUAAGAAUAUGGGACGGUAAGAGUUUAAAGAAAUGUUUGAAAUUAUUUUCGUUGGUUAAUAAUAAUAAUAAAAUACUUAUAUAAUAAUACAUAUAUUAUUGUUAAUUGCAGAGUCCUAAGUUAUGUACGUGUAGUCAAAACAAUCUUAAAACUUACAAUUCUAUCUAUAAGGUUUUUAUAACUGUCCGGGGGAGGGCCCCCAGACCCGCCUUCACUUAGAGGGUAUUUCCUACCCCUCAAGCUGGGCUGAACCUGUAUUUUGGUCCUAGAGUCGCCUAUGGCUUUUACUUGUUUAUCUAUUAUAUGAAAUCAUUAUUUAUCAAUAAUAAUUAAUAUUAUUCCACCCAAAAAACAUUGGCCAUAAGUUGUGUUGUAAAAGAAAUAGAAUAGUAGGACCUAUAUGAGUUUAAGUUAUUUAUUACCGUCAAACCGCCUAACUUGGGACAGUUUUCAACUUUGUCUUGAAAUUCAGUUCCAUUAUUAUUUUAAUAGUUUUUUCUCCUGUGCUCAAAACUUAGGUCUUUAAUAAUACUUCAAAUAUAUACAUUCACUUUCAUUAUUAUUCCAACCUGUUCUGAAAAAAAAUAUGGUGUCCCAAGUUACCUGCAGAGGUUGGGUAACUUGGGACACCAAUAUGAUUUGCCUGUAAUGAGACAAUUGAGAGGUUGAAGGCUAACUUUGGACAUUAGAUUUUGAAUAAUAUGUUUCAUAUUCAUAAUAAAAAUACUUAAACUGAUUCUAACUGAUUAAUAUGGGCUGAAAAGUUUAUAAUUAUCCACAGUAAGGGGAACAAUUGACAAAAUGUUUAUAAUCACAGAACUAUCUAUUGAAAAACAUGAAGCUACUGGAGUUAUGGUAUAAAAUAUUGAAAUAUAUAGAAAUUAUUGAAAUAUAAAUGAAAUUACUGAAGUAUUGGAAAUAAAUCAUUCUCCAAAAAAUGCCUCUAGUCCAUUUCAUAGGGAAACAUGUAUCGCCCCCUGGAUACAUUCAGAGGAAUUAAUUCCUCUUUGACUUGGGAUGAUUUGACAAUCAUGACAUCAUCUAUCUCUGGAAAGAAAUAUAUGUUCAUUGCUUUGGACGACUUUCUAAAAAAAUUUAUUUCAAUGUCUUCAUUUUUUUUGAAAUCACUUUCCCAAUAAACUUCUUGACCUUUUCCUUCUUAGUGCCUUCAUCAUAAGUCACUUCCACAACCACAAAUGAGUCAACACUGAUAUUUUUUCUUGUUGUCUGAACAUUGCUGGGUCCAGGCUGAUGGGAUUCGUUUUCUUUUUCAUCAUCAGAAGACAUUUCAAGAAGGAAGGGAGUUAUCGCAGUUAUCAGAGUAAUCGCUUUCGUCAAUUUUCUUCUUUUCCCUUAUAGCUUCCUUAGCCUUUUUUUGGGUUGGUUCACUGAGCUCAAGGUUCUGCUGUGUUACACUUUGACCUGGGUUGACAUCCAGCUUCUUCUUUCUUUGUCUCAGAGGAACAGUCCCUUUUUUCCUUGCAUCUUCAAGUAUGCCUCAAAACUACCUACUAUGAGGGAGCUGUCAUUAUUCCCACCAAUUUAAUUGCAGACCGGUACUCUCCUCUCAGGCUUAACAACUUGCUCUCUGUCCAUACCUGCUCCCUUGAAGCCUGCUUUCAAUUUUUUUGUUAUUUCAUCUCCAAUUGAAAUGAGACAUUUAUUUAAAAGACGAGGAAAUACAUCUUUUGAGAUACCACCUCGUUUUUGUUUUCCACUCUUCCAACGUCUGCCUCCACUGUACUUUCAAUGGUAUAAAUACUGCCACAUCGAGAGGUUGGCAAAUGAUAAUGGCAAUUAUCAUUUACAAUAUUAUCAAUUACAUGAUAAUGGCAUCAUGGCCAAACAUGUCGUAGGUAUAUAAACAAUUUAAAAAAGUGUACUUAGAUUUUUAUUUUUCAAUUCUAUCCAAGAAAUAUUCAUUAUAUAAAAUAUUAUAUAUUGCUGGAGUUACUUACAAACGAUUUUCUCCUCCCAUUCUGACUGGAAAUUGUCCAUCUCUCUCAAUGCAAGUAAAGAUUAUCUGAUGAUAUUUCCUCAUCUAUGCAAGCUCUUGUUAUUUUACUGCUGUUUGGUCUCGCUUCUUCUCUGUAAUAGAAACAAUAACUGAUAUUAGGUAAUGAUUUUUUAAAUUAAAGAUAGCAAUUAAAUUAGAAAAUUUCUCGUAACUUUGGUAUGACUAUUAGAAAAAUGAGUUGAUUGAAACUAGGGAUUCAAUGUUAAAAGGGAAAAGAAAAUAUCAAAAAUUUCCUGAUAACAUAAAAUGAAGCAUGAUCAAAGAUGAUACAAACAAGGAGUGUCCCAUUCAGGAAUAUUGUAUCCCAAAAUCAGUGAACAACUAGUGUUCAAAUUUGAAUAUUUUUCAUAAAAUGGGAUAAACAUAAAACAUUUUUAUGAAACAUAUUUUUCUUGUAUUAUUUCUAGAUGUUAUAAUAUUAUAUUAUUAUAACUGUGUAUGGUUUUUAGAAAUGAAUUUGAAUUUGAGCAAGCAUUUCAUCACCAUUACAUUGAAUUCUAGAAGCUUAUAUAACUUUAUGUGUAAUUUAUAGUAAAAUAACUCAUCUCACUUAUUAUUGAAAUCUAGGAUCCAAGCAAAAAUAUUAAGUUAUCUAUUUGAAUGAAACAAUCUAAUCUGAUCUCUCACACAAAUCAUCCCUCUUCUGCCAUCUUCCUCUGGGAACCCCAAAUGACAACUGACUUGGUUCUUUCAGAAUAAAAAACUAUCUCAUUUUUCAUGCAUUAAGAGCCAGUAAAAUUGUCACUGACCUUAUGAGCAGCAUGAUAACACCAUUACCAUGAUAAAUUAAUACCAUAGACGACUUGAAAAGAAGUAAAAAUGAAAAAUGAAACGUGAAUUUAGCAAUUUCUCUCUAGUAGGAAAAAUUAUCAAUUUUUGACGAGAUAUAACACUCAUUCCCUAUUGGAGACAGAUGAUAUACCUAAAAGUGAGUUUAUAGUCCUGUGAGAGAUGAUGAAACGUUGCCAAAUCAGCUGAUUAUAAAUAAAAGUACAUUCAUAUUUCAUAUUUAAACCUGAUAAAUUGUUAACGUCGUUUUGGGCGGUGGUGGGGGGUGUUGAGGAGGCACUCUGCUGUUUCAUCCUCAACUGGACUAUUUUUAUGAAAUCUACUCUAAAGUGCGAGAUAAAUUACUUUUAACACGGCUCUUUCUCGAAGACGGAGAGGUCCAAUGCUCUAUCCUCCACUAAUCACUCCCACUACCUAGCAGCAUUCUCCUUCUUUUGUGUCUGAGUGAGAGAGCUUUGUAAAGGUGGCGGUUCGCGCCGCGACAGAGACAGGAAACUGAGACCAGCAACCGCGACAAGUGUCUCGGUCUCUUCGGCAUGUACUGUAGGUCGAGACUGAGACCAAAGAUCGCGACAAGUGUCAUCAAGCAAACGCUCAGUUCAAGAGAGUCUGUCGAUGAAGUCAGUGGUGUUUUGUGUCGUGAUGGGAAACCUAGUAAUGAAGCUGCUAUUGGAGGAAGAAGAAGACGAUGAUUUGCUCUUAUAUUAUUAUUACAAAUACAAAACUGAAAGACGAUUACCUAUUAAGGAUUUAUAUUUAACUAGAGGUCAAGAAGGAUCAUUUUCGCUAUUAGUAAAGAAAAGAAGCACCUGAUGUUUGAUGACAAUAUAUUCAGUAAGUAUCUUCGGCUCAAUAAAUCACAGUUUGAUUAUGUAUUAAAUUUAUGAAAAAAACAAUGCAAGAAAAGGGAAGAAUAUCAGUGAAAGAAAAAUUAGCACUAACUUUAAGGUAAGUUUGCCAAUUCAUCGAUAUUGUUCUGGUCGAUUUCACCAUAAUUGAUUAGAAAUGGUUCACUCGAAAUAUUUGGUAAUCCAGUCUGCGUUUGGUGUUCUGAUGGAGCUGCACUUAUCGGAGAAUAUGAAUUGUAUGACAAAUUUGAAUUAUAUGAACUUGUAUAGGGAUGUUCAGUUUGACCCUCGAUAUCUCCGAUCUCAUACUUUGAGACAAUAUUACAUAUUUCAGUUUUUGCCAUUGCUCUUGAACAUGGGCUCAAUUUUCUUAGCAUCAUUCCAAUAUGUUUUGUAAAUGUCGAUACAUCAUCAACUGGUUCUUGAGAUUUUAAUGACUCCAGCUGUCUAUUUCGGUUUUCCUGUCUGUCCUUCAUAAAUUUUAUAAAUUCAUCUUCUUUUUAUCUCUUUCUCUUUGUAUUCUUGGCAGUUGAUUUUUCAGAUAUGUUACUUAGUGGUAUAUAAGAUCUCUCUUGUGUAGAUUUAGAAGUGCCUGGUAACUCCUUUGAAGGAGUGUUGAGUUAUGUAAUGACGUGUCUGCGGCUUUGUGAGGAGUAUCUUCAUGUUCUACUCCUGGGGAGGUAUUAGUAACUUCUUUCUCUACACUGGCGGAGCUUUGCUGUUCUUGUUCUACACUAGUGCAGCUUUGCUGUUCUGAUGGUGUGUUUUCUAAAAAUCUUAAGCGUUCAUAAAACUGACACUUUGCAUUUUUAGCUGGUGCUGCAGAUCCCAUUGAUUGUUUUUGUUUGCGCUUAUAUCUGUUGUAGGAGUCCUGAUCAGUUUCCAUUUUUUAUGGCAUUCCGAAUCUGUAAUAAAUAAUAAUAUUAUUAAUGUUUUUAUUUUCAGAUUCAUGGUGACUGGAGAAACAAAUUAUGCUUCGCUAUCAUUCGUAUUUCGUAUAUCACCUUCUUAUAUUUCACAAAUAGUCGAAGAGGUGUUAAAACAUUUAAAGACUGUUUUGGUGCCAAUUUUUAUGCCUAUUCCAAAAGAAGGUGAUUUUAGGCAUAUAUCUGAAGGAUUUUGGGACAAAUGGCAAUUCCCCAAUUGCACAGGUGCUAUUGAUGGGAAGCAUGUACCGUCUUCAUCUAUAUACCGUGAUGGGAAGCAUGUAAGAAUAAGAGCCCCUGAAAAUAGUGGGUCACUGUAUUUUAAUUAUAAGGAGUGUUACUCGAUUGUUCUUCUGGCUAUUGUAGACCAUAUUUACAAGUUCAUUGCAGUAGACGUUGGCUCUUAUGGCAAAGAAGGAGAUAGUGGAAUAUUCGAAAAGUCUACAAUGGGGAAACAAAUUAUGAAAAAUGAAUUUAAUUUUCCAGAACCAAAAAAUCUACCAAAUUCGAACAUAAUAUAACCCCAUUUUUUAGUUGCAGAUGAAGCAUUUAGUCUUGAUACUUUUAUGAUGAAACCUUAUGCUAGAAGAGUUUCAAAAAACGAUUUAAGCAAAGAAAUAUUUAACUACCAUCUUUGUUGUGCGAGACAAGUAUCAGAAAAUGUGUUCGGUUUGCUGUCUCAGGUGUUUAGAAUAUUUUACACUCCUAUUGGAAUAGCGCCAGAAACAUGCACUGACAUAAUCUUGGUUGCCUGUUGCUUGCAUAACCUAUUAAGAGAUGGAUUUUUGGAAUCUACACAAAUGCCCGUACAUCAAUGGAACCAAGAGGAAGAAAAUUUGCCUUCAAAUUUUUUUUUUCAUUACAUGGAACAGGAGGGUUUUUGAACAGCAACGGACUUGAUAUUAGAGUAAAAUUAACCAAUUACUUCAUGUCACAGCAAGGAGCAGUAGACUGGCAAGAACAACAUGUCACACGGCUUGUUUGAACUGAUUCCACACCACCUUUUCAUUCCUGUUAUAAUAUGUUUCCUUCCAAAUAUUGAUUUUUGCAAAAUAAGUAAAAUAAGAAUAACUCACUUGUUUUAUUUAUGCUUUCAGCUAUGCUUUUCCUAAUAUUGUCCUUCAAAUGUUCGUCUCUGUAGGAGACACUACUGGUCUGGAGCAGCGACCGUUUCGCUGUCUCCUGUCUCGUGUCUCGGUCUCCUGUCUCUGUCUCGCUAGCAAACUGUCGCGUAUACAUUGCCUAAUGUCAAGUCGCGGUCACUGGUCUCAGUCUCCUGUCUCAGUCUCCUGUCUCUGUCGCGGCAACACUCCCCUCCAUCUAUUGCUGGCAAUGUUCUAAGUAGUCUACUGGUCAGCAGGUAUAUUGGUUUGUGUAUGUUACAGAGAUGUUUUCAUCACAAGAACAUGAAGCAAAAUG